UCAAAGGGAUAUGGAGAACCGGAGGAAGAGGUGGAGAACAAGCAAAGGGGUUGCAAAAGUCAAUGGAAGCGUCGGAGGAUAUUUCCCCUCGACUUUUCUCUCGAAACUCUGCGUUUCGAGUCGCGCGAGUCGAAUUCGUCCAAGAGAGUCGAGAUCUCGAAGAGGUUUGUUAAAAAAUGAGAAAGAGAGGAAAAAUGUCAAGUUGUAAAGCAGCGGUUGAGCUUGAAGUCAAUAAGUCGCGAGCAUCGAGAAAAUCGAACGAUCGUCCAAACUUCUUAUUACAUGUUGCAAUAUGCAACGACGCGCGGCUCAACUAUAACUUCCUCCCUUGGAACCGAAUGGUUACACGAAGAAUCGCGAUAUUGCUAUUGAAAAUGACGGAUAAUAGCGUCGGAGGAAAGGCAGAGCUCUUGCCAAUUAUUUCACGAGAAUGAUCUUUACCUGGCUGAUAAAGGAAUUAGUUGAUUGGUUAAGAAGAAUUAAAAAGCAACGGUUUUAUAAUUUCACAGAUCGAGUAAUUGCAUUUUGAUGGCCAGGUUUCAGGACAAGAAAUGGAAGACAACAGCCGGGGCGAAAGUUUGUGCAAAGUUUGCGGUGACAAAGCGUCCGGAAAGCAUUAUGGAGUGCCGAGUUGCGAUGGAUGCCGCGGCUUCUUCAAGCGGUCGAUCCGCAGGUAUGCAAGAAAUCUCGAUUACGUUUGUAAGGAGAACGGGCGUUGUAUCGUGGACGUUUCUCGUCGUAAUCAAUGCCAGGCAUGUCGAUUUACCAAGUGCCUUCAGGUCAACAUGAAACGAGAUGCGGUGCAACACGAAAGAGCUCCACGAAAUACAUCGUCCCUGGUUGCAGCCGCAAGGAGAGGUCCCUCGGGAUUAUAUCCUGGAAUUCCACACGUUUAUCACGCAGCGAGCAACCCUUACCAUCCCCUUCUGUAUCCUGCGCUGUUCCCUUUCAAGCCGACCAUGUCGGCUUUCACCCCGUCGGUCGCACAUUUUUUACCCCGUUCACCGACAACGGAAUCGUUGACAGUGAACACAGCGAAAGAGGACGAGGUGACAAGUUCGGAGGAAGCUGGAUCGAUCGACGCUAGAAUCGAGCCGAAGGAGGAGCUGGCAACCGCUCGAUUGACACCGUCCAUAGCCAAUUCUGGAUCAACGGAAUGCGUGUCCACCUUCUCCAUCCUGCCCACGGAAAAUAUCUACGAAUUCGCCGCGAAAUUGCUCUUCUUUGCUGUCAGAUGGGCAAGAAGUAUUCACUCGUUUUUGCAACUGCCCUACAGAGACCAGACUAUUCUAUUGGAAGAAUCUUGGAGCGAGCUUUUCGUGCUCACCGCCGCGCAAUGGAACUUCCCCGUGGAGGAGGCCACUCUUGUACCCAACGAUUUAUCAUCCGAAAGGAAGGAAACGCUGGUCGACGAGGCGAGAAAAUUGAGGGAAUUGUUGGGAAAAUGCGCUCUCCUCAGGGUCGAUCAUUCGGAAUACGCUUGCCUCAAGGCUAUAGUUCUUUUCAAAGGGGAGUCGCGUGGCCUCUGCGAACCGGGACGGAUAACGGCGCUACAGGAACAGACGGUAGCCGUGUUUUGCGAAAGGGAUGCGCGAAGAGUUGGACGACUUUUGCUGCUGUUACCCUCUGCGCGAGCGCUCUGCCGAUCAACCCUUCAGGAAUUGCUGUUCAAACCGACAGUGGGGGAUGUUAGCGUGGAACGAUUGUUGGGCGACAUGGUCAGCGCUCUCAGACCGACAUAACGCCAAUUCGACUCGGUCGAUACGACGCUUCUCAAACGGCUAACCUAUUUAUAUCGACGAUUAUUUCAAAGAUAACUGUACUUUCGAAGAUCGAUCGUUCGUCCUUUCU